UAUAUACAUACUGGUAAAAAUCAAAAUUUGUUGAUUAGAUGGAGAUGAACAAGCGUGAUUCAUAUGCGGAAAACCCAAGAAAACGAAAGCAGAAACAUGAGAGAACUGAUGAUGCCUUUCGUGUUAAGAGACGACGCAAGACCGCCGCACGCAAUGUGUUCGAUAAAUUGCCCGACGACAUUCUUAUUGCAAUUCUAUCUCAUAUGAGCCUCAAAGAUGCAGUGAGAGCUAGUGUUCUCUCUCAUAGAUGGAGAAAUUUGUGGAAGUUUACAUCGAGGGCGUUGGUGUUUUCCGAUAGGGAUACUCCCACCGGGGCUAGAAUGGACAUUCGAAAGUUCCAAGUUUUGCUGGCACGUGAGUUGGAGUUGAAUCAAUCUACAGGUCUCGAUAGCUUGAUUAUUCGUUUCUCCAAUAGAUGUAAAUACACCACAUCAGACAUCAUCGACGAUUGGAUAUUUCUCGCCAUGCAAAAAGACUUGAAAAACCUCGAAUUGGAUUUCUCGGUCAGACCUCGAUUCCGUUACAGAUAUAAAUUUCCCGACGCUUGCGAGGUGGUAUUUGAACACGCUACCGAGACGUGGUUAUGUGGCUUCUCGACUAGGGCCCGAACUCUUAAAGAACUUGGUGUUUUCGCCUCACUAAGAACCGUUAAAUUGGUCGAUGUUAGUAUCAAGGAUGAGGUCGUUCACCAUUUUCUUUCGUGUGCUUGUAUCGAACAAUUAUGCAUAAGGGGUUCCAGAUCUACGAAAAAUCUUCGAGUUGUCGAUCCAUUACCAUACUUGAAGCAAUUGGAAAUAUCCAACUGUAGGAAAAUCCGAAGUUUGGUGAUAUCUGCAAAGAAUCUUGUCUCGUGUACUUACCAAGGAAGAAGGAAAAUCAGUUUUCCGUUCAAGGAAAACCCAAAUCUCACCGAACUAACUCUUGAUGGGCCGCUCUGUGAAUCCUUCAUUUAUGAACCUAAAAACCACUCAAGCUAUUCGUUUCAAUUGACGGACCUUGUGUUGAAGCUUCAAAUUUCAAGCUUUGAGAGAACAAUUGCUCCAACUGAUUCGCCUCGGUUGUAUGCUCUCACGAGCCUGGAACUGAACAUUGUGUCGGAAGUUGAUCGAAGCCUUCUCUUUUUCUUAUCAUUGACCAAGUCAUCUCCUCACUUACACCACCUUAAGAUCAAGAUAGACUACUUAGUGUCAUUCCCACCGAUCUUCAAGCGAAUGGUACUCAAUUCAACUCUGACUUGUGUCAAUUGUCCUAAUAGUGAACACUUCACAAUCAAAAUGUAUCAUUCCGGCAAGUUUCUAAACCUCAGUGGAAGGUGUUAUUUGGCUGGAGAUAUUCACUUCUUCGAUUACUGCUCAGUGGAUGAAAUGUCUAUGAUAGAGCUUACUGAGAUGGCCAAGGAGUUAGAUUUGAAAGAUGUAGUUGAAAGGGUGGCUGCAAUUUAUGUUCAACAUCAAAGCGUUGAAGAGUCAGGCAAUGAGAAUUUGGGUGAGUCAUCUGCACAAUUUCCAGAAGUAAAUGAACCAGUUGGUUAUGCAGGAGAUGAUGAUGAGCCUGAUGUGUAUGAAAAUGCUAGUGAUGCCUCAGAUUCUGAUAGUGUGCCUGAGUUGAACCAUUUUGAUGAUGGUUUGAUUGAUAUGAAUGACAGUGGAGGCAGUGAUGUGCAAUCCCUUGGAGAAGAUUCAGAAUAUAGUGAUUUCUUGGUUGACAGUGAAUGGUUUGAAUCUGAUGAUGAUGUUGACUAUGAUGACCAUGUUGACUUCAGUGUAGAAUGGGGUGGCUUAAGAGAUAAACCAUCAGCAGACAGUCCAACUGUCAAAAAGACCACUAGAAGAUCUAAGAGACUGAAUAAAGUGGUUCAUGAAGAGGUGGCAUUCACUCCCAAAAAAAACCAAUUCACACAUCAUAAGUUCCCUGUUUUCAACCCUACAGUGGACAUGGCCAAUCCUCAAUUUCAACUUGGUCUCUGCUUCUCUGAUAUGAACACUUUCAGGGAUGCUGUGAAACAACAUGCUGUUAUAAAUGGCAGAGACAUUAAGUUCUCAAAGAAUGAGAAAAACAGAGUUCAAGCAGUAUGCAAACAUGAAAGUUGUCCUUGGAAUGUUUAUGCAUCAAAUAUGAGAGGUGAGGCUACCCUACAAAUUAAAACCAUCCAUGCAGUCCAUGAGUGUAAUAGAAAAGAGAAAGUUGCCUGUGCUACUUCUAGUUGGUUGGCCAACAAGUAUCAGGACAAAUUAAGAAGUGAUCCAAACUGGCCAGUUGACUCAAUGAUGAGUGUUGCUCAGAAAGACUGUAAACUGUUGUUCAGUAGACACCAAGUGUAUAGGGCCAAAGAAAAGGCUACAGAAAUGAACACUGGCUCAAGUGUGGAACAAUAUGGGCUUGUUUGGAGAUAUGCUGAAGAAAUAAGAAGAUGUAGUCCUAACACCACAAUUAGAAUCAAGACCAGAGAUGAUGGAGGCAAGCUGAAGUUCAAAAGAAUCUACCUAUGUUGGGGAGCACUGAAGCAGGGCUUUCUAGAGGGGUGUAGACCCAUAAUUUUCCUUGAUGGUUGCCACCUGAAGUCCUCUUAUGGGGGGAUUUUAUUAUCUGCUGUGGGGAUAGAUGCCAAUAAUGGUAUCUAUCCAUUUGCUUAUGCAGUUGUUGAGAAGGAGAAGAGAGAUUCAUGGGUGUGGUUUAUGGAGCUGUUGAAAACAGAUUUGGAGAUAGAAAACUGUGGUCUAUGGACUAUUAUGAGUGACAAACAGAAGGGAUUGGUUGAUGCAGUUGAUAUGGUGAUGCCUAACUGUGAGCACAGAUUCUGUGUGAUGCAUUUGUAUUGCAACUUCAAGCUCUCACACAGAGGAUUAGCUCUGAAAAAUAUCUUGUGGCAAGCUGCAAGGGCUUCAAGAGUUGUUGAUUUUGACAGAGUGUUGAGGGAGUUGGCUGCAAAAGACAAAAAAGCAUUUCAAUGGCUUGCCAAAAGGCCAGCAGCACACUGGUCUAGAGCAUAUUUCAGUUGCAAUUCCAAGUGUGACACUCUGCUGAAUAACAUGUGUGAAAGUUUCAAUGCCUUGAUUUUAAGGCCUAGGACUCUGUCCAUAAUUGACAUGUUGGAAGCUAUUAGGAUGAUUUUGAUGAAAAGGAUUCAUGUGAAGAGGGAUAAAAUGGCCAAAUACAGAGGGGAAAUAUGUCCUAAUAUCCAAAAGCAGCUGGAUGUUUCAAAAGAGAAAGCAAUGGAGUUUAUUGCACAUUGGAAUGGGAAGGAUCAAUUUGAGCUGGAGGGUUGUUUUGGUUCAAAGUUCAAAGUGAAUCUAGGAGAUAAAACCUGCAGCUGUAGAAGAUGGCAACUCAGUGGAAUCCCCUGUGCACAUGCAAUUGCAGGGAUGUUUCAUAUGGGCUAUUUACCUGAAAGUUAUGUGGACAACUUCUACAGAAAAGAAACAUAUUUGAGGGUCUAUAACCAUCUGAUGGACACACUUGAUGGCCAUGAAAGUUGGCCACAAUCAGGAAAGCCUAAAUUGCUUCCCCCUGACAUUGAAAAGAUGCCAGGAAGACCAAAGCUAAACACUAGAAGAAAACAACCUGGUGAAGCUAAUGGGCCAAAGGAUAUACCAGCAGCAACUAGCAAAGGCAUAGCAAAGAUUGGAAAGCUGGGCAGGCAAGGUGUGAUUAUGACAUGCAGUCACUGUCAAGAAAAGAGACAUAAUGCAAAGGGAUGUCCAUUGAGGAAAGCUAGUGGAAUUGGCCAAGUACCAACCACCACCAAAAGAAAGAGAAAAGAAAAGAAGACUGAUGUUGGAACUAGUGGAGUUGAAUCUUUUAUUCCUACUGCAACAAAAUCAAGUGGAGUUGAAACUGUUAAGCCUACAGUUGUUCCAACAAGAACAAAGUUACCAGUCACCAGAAGAGGAAGAGGCAAGAGACCAGUGGAUAAGGUUCAAGGUGGACUAAGAUUACUUGAUGAAGAGGAUGAUGAAAUGCAUAUACCUACAUUUCAAAGCACAUUUGGGAGCGAUUUACAGUUUGAAAACAAUGCUGAGAGUGAUUUGCAGAUUGACCUUGAUUUAAUUGAUGAAGUGUAUGCUGAAUUGAAAAUGCCUCCAGCUGAAAACAAUGAUGUCAAUAAAAUGCAAAAUGAGAGUGAAGUGCAUAUUGAAAGCAAUGUUGAGGUUGAAGAGAAUGCUCCAACUAAAAGAACAUGCAAGAAGAAACAAUCACAGCCACCUACAAAAGGGCCAAAUAAGAGUCUGGGGAUACCCAAAGCAAGAACACCAAGGAGACCAUUUUUUUCCUCAAAGAAUGCAGCCCCAAGUACACUUGAAAGCAGUCAACAAUCACAGCCACCUGUUCAAUCAAAAAAUGCAAGUGACAAAGGCAAGGCUGUAGUUGGAAGCACUCAACAAUCAAGAAAUUCAAAUGUUACAGACAAGAGUGCAGUUGGAAGCAAUUUCAAGCACUCAACAAUCUUGUCAAGUAGCCAGCAGUCUUAUCCAUUGACUCUUCAGCCAAUGAAGGCAAUGAUGAUAGACAUAUACAACAAGAAGCUCACAAUGCCAAGCACCCAACAAUCAAACACCUAA